ACGGCUACCUGCUGAUCGGAAAGCAACACGCGUGGUACUGACAGAGGGACUAUGAAGGGAUGACCGUCAAUGUGAUUUUCAUUUCUGAAGCACCGUGUUUGUACUUCCUACUCCUGAACUGAACAUUUUAAUAGACUAAUAUUUAUCCAUUUGUCAAGGAAUACUUUUACUGAACUUUCAUUAAAACUUUACUUUCUUCGAUAUUUAGAGAAACUUACUUAAAUUUAUCAUUUUUCGGAGACAUUUCAUUGUCGAAAUUAAAAAGAAUUAACUUCAAAAUGUUUUGGUGUUUUGGGAAAAAACAACGCAAUUAUCACUGCAAAAUAGUGCUUUUGGACGAGACGGAAUUUAUACAGGAAAUUCAGGAAACAUCCAAAGGCCAGCAGCUCCUAGACGUCGUCUACAAACAUCUAAAUUUGAUGGAAACUGCAUACUUCGGGCUCAGGUUCCUAGAUGCGACUGGACAGAGGCACUGGUUGGAUCCAAACAAAGUAAUCGUAAAGCAAAUGAGAGGAAUUGAAACCUUCACCUUUUAUUUUGGUGUUAAAUUCUAUGCGUCAGAUCCUUGCAAACUACUGGAAGAAAUCACUAGGUAUCAGUUUUUUCUACAAGUAAAGCAAGAUAUCUAUCAGGGAAGACUUCCAUUGACUUAUGAUUUAGCUGCUGAACUAUUCGCAUAUGCUAUUCAGUCUGAACUGGGAGAUUAUGAUCCAAGGAGAAAUCUUCCGGGUUAUGCAGCUGAGUUCAACUUCACUCCCAAUCAGACAGCAGACUUGGAAUCGAAAGCAACUGAAAUUCACAAGGGUCUCUGUGGUACUGUACCAGCAGUAGCUGAACUCAGUUUUUUGGAUCGAAUAAAGUGGCUAGACAUGUAUGGCGUUGAUCUUCAUCCGGUAUUGGGAGAAGAUAGCAUAGAAUAUUUUCUAGGUCUGACUCCCAGUGGGGUGUUGGUGCUUCGGAACAAAACGAAGGUCGGAAAUUAUUUCUGGCCCAGAAUCACAAAAGUCUACUACAAGAAGAAGUAUUUUAUGAUUCGGGUUAGAGAUAAGAAUACCACAAAUCCUCAGAAAUUUAAAUUGAUUUUUAGACUAAUUUUUAAUGGAUAUGCUUUGCAAAUAAAAAGUAAUGCAGCAGAAUUAUUGAAGACGAUUAUGCAUAAUAAAAUGUAUCACUUUUCUAGAUUAACGCAGAUUCGAGAAGUACCAGGCCACAGUGGAAAAAUCGCUGGUUUGGAAAAUAAAUUUUAUGGAAACAGAUUGAACAAAAACUUCCAGUCGCUGGGCAUGCAAGCAAGACUGCGAACUCCCCCAACUUUUGUCCGUGUACCAAGCCGACGAUUUAAUAAACGCAUUGGUCAACCAGACGGAGCAGAUGCUAAAACACAAGCAAAAGAAGAGAACAACGUAAAGCAGAUGCUUGAGCCAAUGACUGUCAUGAAUUUGCCUCAUAAUCCUGUUCUGAUACCAGCCCUGCACAGAUCUACGUCAGUACCAUCAGUUGUUCCCUCUCCUUAUAAAGUUAUUCCUCCUGCUUGGGAAGAUUCAAGAUUAAGUUCCCGAGGGCUCUAUUCGAGUUGCACCAAUCCUUCGCCUCGUUCAGUGAGGAGUGCUGGUGCUUUACCUUCUCGCCGAUAUCCCCUUCACAGCCGUACGGGAUCUGUUGAAAGUACAGCUAGCUACGACUACAGGAAAAGAAAACACCAUCAAAGUAGGAAACAGUCUGAUAAUGAAAGCGAAAUAUCGAAAUCAUCCAGGUGCUCAAAAUCUUCCAAAUCUUCUCGUCACGGUCACAGAAGGAAUGGUUCUCAGUCUGGUGAUGGAAGUGAUUCAGAGCCACAGCACAGACACAGAAGACACAGUAGGCGAAAAAAGCAUGGAAGUACUUAUGAGUUGGUGGAUUCUGAAAGGCAAUGGAAAGAAGUUCAAAAACAACAAGAACAAACUCAGGCCAGAAUGCAAAGUGCUGUUGUUAGAGAUUUAACAAAAAGAAGAAGCGGGUACAUGAAUUCAGGUUUAGAAACUGAAUCUGAAACUAAUUUUAGUCACAGAAGGAGACAUCACAGAAGACAUCGAUCGAGAUCGAGAUCUCCAGACAGCAAAAGCGUUCUACCUCAGGAAAUCAAAAGAUACAUUGACUACAACUUGAUUGAUCCAACGUGUCUGACUGAAGAAGAGAAACGUGAUAUAAAAUACACAAAGAUACCAGCAGACAGUCGUCUGUUCAAGAUACGAUAUUCAUCAAACCAAGGACAGCUACAAGGAAAUCAAGCAUCUAUGAGAAUGUCAAACAAUAGUUUACAUAAAAUGCAAGCAUUAGAAGAUCCUGGUCCACCUCCCCCUUACUCGUCCGAUCAGCAAAAUGGUUUCUUGCCACAAACGCAGCAGCGUUUGGUGGAUAUCGAAGAAAAAAAUGAAACUCCUCCAGAAUCUUUAAAAAUUCCCAAAGCAUCAUCUAAUAGCUUGCAUCAAAACAGCACGGCAACAAACUUCAUAAAAGGAAGGACUUCAGUUGCUCAGAAACUUAAAGUGAAACCAGAACCUGCUAUGAAUGAAUUGUACGGUUUUGGAAAUCAAAGGGUGCCUGCAGUGACCUCUAUAGGAAUGAUUAAAGCCGAUAUUGAAGUGAUAAUGUAA